GGCCUGAGGGGAGGGGGAGAGCGGGCGGAGGCGGUGCGCUCGGCGCUUCCUGUUCCGGCGCCAGGAGGAGCCGCGCGCUGCUGGUGCUGUUGCCGCCGCUGCUUUCCCUGCCGUCAGUCAGGCUGCGCCCGCUUCUUCAGGGCCCAGUCCCUCGGACCCAUCGCCGCUUCUAGACCCUACUGCGGUCUCGGAUAUUGCCGGGAAAAUGUCUGAUGAAUUUUCGUUGGCAGAUGCACUACCUGAACACUCCCCUGCCAAAACCUCUGCUGUGAGCAAUACAAAACCUGGCCAACCUCCUCAAGGCUGGCCAGGCUCCAGCCCUUGGAAUAAUCCGAGUGCUCCACCUUCGGUGCCAUCUGGACUCCCACCAAGUGCAACGCCCUCCACUGUGCCUUUUGGACCAGCACCAACAGGAAUGUAUCCCUCCGUGCCUCCCACCGGACCACCUCCAGGACCCCCAGCACCCUUUCCUCCUUCUGGACCAUCAUGCCCCCCACCCGGUGGUCCUUAUCCAGCCCCAACAGUGCCAGGCCCUGGCCCCACAGGGCCAUAUCCUACACCAAAUAUGCCCUUUCCAGAGCUACCCAGACCAUAUGGUGCACCCACAGAUCCAGCUGCAGCUGGUCCUUUAGGUCCAUGGGGAUCCAUGUCUUCUGGACCUUGGGCGCCAGGAAUGGGAGGGCAAUAUCCUACCCCUAAUAUGCCAUAUCCAUCUCCAGGGCCAUAUCCCGCUCCUCCUCCUCCCCAAGCCCCUGGGGCAGCACCACCUGUUCCAUGGGGCACCGUUCCACCAGGAGCCUGGGGACCACCAGCACCAUAUCCUGCCCCUACAGGAUCGUAUCCCACACCAGGACUCUAUCCUACUCCCAGUAAUCCUUUCCAAGUGCCUUCAGGACCUUCUGGUGCUCCACCGAUGCCUGGUGGCCCCCAUUCUUACCAUUAAGUUAACAAUGGACGAAGAGAUGACGCUUUGCUUUUUGAAGUACAUAUAUAUGCACAUGAAUGCAUAUAUAAAAAUUGCUGGUUUCACUAUUAGAGGGCAUUCAUGAAAGAACAACUCUUGCACCUCUCAGAGAAGAUAACUGCCUCUUGUACUUGGAUGUGUAGUACAUCAUAUGUAUACAAUCAGAUAAAAGCAUAGAAGUAAAUCAUUCAGAUGUGAUUUUUAUUUGGUUUUCAUGGAAAGUUAAAGUGAUAAAGUAUAUUGAAUAGCUCUUUGACAGAAUUUGUUUAAAUUAUGAAACUACACACUUAAAAAUCUAAGAUGUGGAUUAUUGUUAGAAUCUGCAACUUCAUUGGUAAAUUAUUUCAAGUAUUUUUCUAUAAUCACUUUCCCCUUCUAAAUAAAUAAACUUUGAGAUUAACCCGUCAUAAUCCAAACAAAUAAUGCCUCAGCAUUUUGAGCUACUCUGUCGGACAAAUAAACCUGUUCCUCUUGAGGUUAUAUUUUGGAUAUACAUUUUUAAACUGUCAGUAAUUAUUGUCAGAUGUGGAUGGAGUUCAAUAGCCAGCCAGUGUUCAUUUUUAUCCUUGAGCUUUCAGUAAAAACUUCCUGGUUUUAUUUUUAGUCAUUGGGUCAUACAGCACUAAAGUCUGCUAUUUAUGGAAACUAACUUUUUUGUUUUUAAUCCAGGCCAACAUGUAUGUAAAUUAAAUUUUUAGAUAAUUGAUUAUCUCUUUGUACUACUUGAGAUUUGAUUAUGAGAUGUGCAUAUUGCUUUGUGAAGAGCUUGAGGAAGGAAAUAAUUCUCUCCUUUGUUUUGAACCUCAAACUAGAUAAACCCUAGGCAUUGCUUAAUUGCAACAGGUAAUUUUCAUUCCCACAAAAACCUGAGGCACCUCUUCUGCCCAGAGCUUUCCCUGUAGCCACCCCCCCCACUUGCCCUUGGUUCUUUAGAAGGAGCACAUCCCUUGAUUCCUCCCUGAUGUGGUAAACUGGCACACUCUAGGGGUCUAAAACAUAAAACAGUUGUGUUUAGAGAACCUUAAGUCAUGCAGACAUGACUGUUCUCUUUGUACAAGUGUGAAUCAAAAUAUGUAUCUGUUUUUCAGAGUCUGGUUAAGCUAUGUCAUUGUCUACUGCAUAGUUUCCUGAGUCUAUUUGUAAAGUGCUUAUGGCUAACAGUUCAGUUCUGUAUUUGUUGACAGGUAAAUAAGUGGAGUUGAGUGCCAUCUUUGAAAAAUUUACCCUCUAGCUCUAACACUGAAAAUAAUAAUAAAUUGUAGAUCUCUGCAACUAAGUUUAAAGCAGUGUGACUGUGUUGCUUAAAUAUUACUGUUUAUAACCACCAAAAAAGUCCUAGUAGUUUUUUGGCACCUUAUGUUUAAACCAGAUUCUUAGAUUUAGGGUAGACCUGACCUUGUUAUUUAUUAGAUAACAUUUUGAAUGUAUCCAUUGGAUUUCUAAAAUGUAUUGUGAAUUUCUCAGACAAACAGGAUUUAUGCUGGAGCUCUGUUUUGCUUAGAAAUAAAAUAUUUAGUAGUUUAUUUCUGCUCUAAUUAAAAUGUCAAGAAUGCCAAA